AUGGGAGCUACAGCGGAUAUCAAACCCAAAACUGGCGUAGUGCCUGAUUUCUUGACUGAAGGACCGAAGAGUGGCGAUACACAAGAUAAUUCUCCACAGUUAAAGGAAGCAGCAGAUGUAGUUACUUCCUUAAAAGCGGCUAAGAAAACUAAGAAAAAAGGUAACAAGAUCUUGCGCUACGCCAAAGCCAGAUGGGGUGAAAGUAAAGUACCAGUCAAUGGUUUGACCAUAGAUUCUGAUCUUAAGACUGAAGAUUUUCAAAAGUAA